ACCUCAUGGACCUCAUAGGGGAAGACAGAAAGUGGAUGAUGGGGAGGAAGCUCAUGCAGGUGAAUGACACUCUGACUUCCGAAGAUGCUGGACUCCGGAACGGCAAGAACUGCACCGAACCAGCCCUGCAUGAAUUCCCCAAUGACAUCUUCACCAACGAGGAUAGAAGACAAGGCGCGGUGGUCCUCCAUGUGCUCUGUGCCAUAUACAUGUUCUAUGCGCUGGCCAUUGUGUGUGAUGACUUCUUCGUCCCUUCCUUGGAAAAGAUCUGUGAGCGCCUGCACCUCAGUGAAGAUGUGGCUGGGGCCACAUUCAUGGCGGCGGGCAGUUCAGCCCCAGAGCUGUUCACAUCGGUCAUAGGGGUCUUCAUCACCAAAGGCGACGUGGGAGUUGGCACCAUCGUGGGCUCAGCGGUAUUCAACAUCCUGUGCAUCAUUGGUGUCUGUGGACUCUUUGCUGGGCAGGUUGUAGCUCUUUCCUCCUGGUGCCUGCUGAGGGAUUCAAUUUACUACACGCUGUCUGUGAUCGCGCUCAUCGUGUUCAUUUAUGAUGAAAAAGUUUCCUGGUGGGAGUCUUUAGUCCUUGUGCUGAUGUAUCUUAUCUACAUUGUCAUCAUGAAAUAUAACGCUUGCAUACAUCAGUGCUUUGAGAGGAGGACAAAAGGUGCCGGGAACAUGGUCAACGGAUUGGCCAACAAUGCUGAAAUUGAUGACAGCAGCAACUGCGACGCAACUGUGGUGCUACUUAAGAAAGCAAAUUUCCACCGCAAAGCAUCAGUGAUCAUGGUGGACGAGCUGCUGUCGGCCUACCCACACCAGCUUUCCUUCUCUGAGGCUGGCCUUCGAAUCAUGAUCACCAGCCACUUUCCCCCCAAGACCCGGCUCUCCAUGGCCAGUCGCAUGUUGAUCAAUGAGAGACAAAGAUUGAUAAACAGCAGGGCUUAUACCAACGGGGAAUCCGAGGUGGCCAUCAAAAUCCCAAUUAAGCACACUGUGGAGAAUGGGACAGGGCCCAGCAGUGCCCCAGACAGGGGCGUGAAUGGGACACGGAGGGACGAUGUUGUGGCUGAGGCUGGCAACGAAACAGAGAAUGAAAAUGAGGACAAUGAGAAUGACGAGGAGGAAGAGGAGGACGAAGAUGAUGAUGAAGGACCAUACACGCCAUUCGACCCCCCCUCGGGUAAACUGGAAACAGUGAAAUGGGCGUUCACCUGGCCACUGAGUUUCGUCUUAUACUUCACUGUACCCAACUGCAACAAGCCGCGCUGGGAGAAAUGGUUCAUGGUGACGUUUGCUUCCUCCACGCUGUGGAUCGCAGCCUUCUCCUACAUGAUGGUGUGGAUGGUCACAAUCAUUGGUUACACCCUGGGGAUUCCUGAUGUCAUCAUGGGGAUCACCUUCCUGGCUGCCGGGACCAGCGUGCCUGACUGCAUGGCCAGCCUCAUUGUGGCCAGACAAGGGAUGGGAGACAUGGCCGUGUCCAACUCCAUUGGGAGCAACGUGUUUGACAUUCUGAUUGGCCUCGGUCUCCCCUGGGCUCUACAGACCCUGGCUGUGGAUUACGGAUCCUACAUCCGGCUGAAUAGCAGGGGGCUGAUCUACUCUGUGGGCUUGCUCCUGGCCUCUGUUUUUGUCACGGUGUUCGGCGUCCACCUGAACAAGUGGCAGCUGGACAAGAAGCUGGGCUGUGGGUGCCUCCUCCUGUAUGGCGUGUUCCUGUGCUUCUCCAUCAUGACUGAGUUCAACGUGUUCACCUUCGUGAACCUGCCCAUGUGCGGGGACCACUGAGCCGCUGGGUGCCCGCAGAGGCUCAGCUCCUUCUUUUCUGUGCAAUACGAGACCUGGCCGCACCCCAAGUCACACAGGACCCUGGGGCCACGGCGUUCGUCUCUCCUGUGCUGUCCUCAGGCCUCCACUCCUGUUUUGGUGGCCCAGGCUCUCCCCUACCCCAUCGUCACUUCCCCAAUCCUAGGGUCAUGCCCACCCACCCUUUCCUGCCUCCUCCGUGUGAAGACAUCCAACAUCCACGUGACUUUUCCAGCUCCAUUUUGGAACAGCGACUGAGAUUCUAGAAAAACUGGCUGCUAACUGGCCCGAGCCAGGCAACACUGAUUCCAAUCCCUCCUCCUUUUUUAAGUUAUUUGAUGGAAGACUCACCUAAUUUGUGACCUGAGACUGUUGAAGAAAUAGAGAAGAGAGGGCCCGUUAAUUACAGAGUGUUUGGGAUUUUGUUUGGUUUGGAGAUGAUGCCUAGGUUACUGGAUUUGGGGGGAUUGUUUUCUUUUGGGGGCCUUCCCUUUUUACUCCUUUUCUUCCAGAGAUCAAGAACUUCUCUUGCAUCUUCUUCCACUGGGCUCCGGAUUAAUCAAUGACCCAAAGGUUGCACCUGCCGUGUUGUCUGGGCCUGCGUCCCAGACGUGUUGGAGUAUGCGUGGAUGUAGAGCUUUUUAGAGGAGCCACUGGGCAAGGCCACCGAGAACAAUGCAUGACAUUUUAUAGCCAAGGACGUCUCGCUCAUGUCUUAUGGGCGUCCCCUGGGGUUGGGGGGCACAAGGUUUUGGAGGAAGAAGACAACUUCCCUCAUGUCCAUCAUCACCAUCUCUUUCUCACUAGGUUCUUUCUAGUUUUCAAGCAAUAGUUCUAGCCUGCCUUGGACAAGGGGGCCCCAGUUAAACUACCCAUCCAUGAGGUGCCAGGCAGUCAACAACAGAAGCUUCCCCGACUUGUGAGUCCCUGAGAUGCGCUCUUGUUGUUUGGCAUUUGGGGUGACAGGGAGUGACCCAGAGGCCACCACUGCUUUUCAUGCAGGAGUUACAGACACUGGUUUCUUGGAAAAUGGAGAGAAGCGCACUUUGCACAGACGUCGUCAAUUAAGUCCCAGUUUGCCACUUGGUAUUGAGUACACUGGACCCUGACCGCUGGCUCUUGGGCAAACGUCCUUCCUCACGGGGCGCCUCCGCCAAGCCGGCCCAGCUGCACCCCUCCCUUCCUGGAGGGAUGGCCAGGGAAGAAGAAAACAGAGAACUGACACCUUUGAAACCACAGAAUGUGUUACAUGCAGACUCGCUCAAGGGCGUAAGUUAUUGUGAACGUUUUUGCCAAUCACCGCUCAACAGCCCUGCUAGAUUUUGUAUGAUGCUGAAUUAUUACGCAGACUAAUUCCACCCAGUCAAGACACACCCAUGCUUGUUCACUUGUAUUUAUUGAAACUGUGGAUUCUUGCCCGUGCUGUCCCUUGUAUUUACUUUAAGCACUGAUCACUUAUCAUUCAUUCGGUAUGGUUUUCCCUGUCCCUUGUACACAUUCUGGUAUGAAUUUGUAAAAAAUAACCUGCUACAAAUUGGUUGAAUGUUUCUGUCUAUGAUGCGAGCCAGCAUUAACGAACGGGGCAUGUGCCCAACUGAGGAACAGGAGAAGAAAUCACCAAUUUGGGCUCUCAGAGCUAAGACACACUUAUUGAUUCUGUUGCACAUUUUGCACUGGUUUAUGGCGAUUGUUUUCUUGGACGGAUAGUGUAAAAUAAACUUCUCUGUUCUCUAUC